GUCCAGUAAUGAAGCUUCAAAUCCCGAGGAACCAAAUAUUAACAGUCUGGAACAUUCUGAGGAGCACGAGACUCCCGAGCGAGCCUCAGAGCGACCACCAAUUGUAUCUUCUACACCAGCCUCAGAUUGCCAUGAGGCCAUCUUUCGACCGCCAGCACCAAAAUCGAGGAAAGAAAAGGUUGCAAUCUAAAAAUAUUUCCAAGAAAGAACAGAGGACAGAUUACAUUUGAAACGGUGCCUUGACGACAUUGUGGGACAGCCACUACCCGAGGACAACGAAAUAGAUUUGUUUUUCAGAACUAUGGCAGCCACUGUCAAAAAAUUUAGACCAGACCUUGCCACCAAAGCAAAAUCGAGUGUGUUUAAAAUUAUUACUCAUUUGGAAAUAGUAAACCAGCAAUUGCUUUUGCCAGCCAAUGAAUUUCAUUCGGAUUCCUACUCCUCAUCAUCGUCACCGUGGACUCCACAUUCAUCCACAGAACCUACCUACACCAGCUUGGACAUAAUAUCAGAAGCAUUCACACAAGCGAUUCAAAAUGGGGAUGAUAACUAA